AUGCCCUCUUACUUUUAUCACAUCACUCUUGAAUUUCUCCCUCCGCCACCAUCACGCACAUACCGACAGGACGCCGCUGCGGGUAAAUCAACGGCGAUAAAAGAAGCGCCACAUACGCAUGAUACGCUCGAUUCAUCAUCUCUUACCCUAAAAGCGUUUCGUGAAUCGAUACGUCCGUUCCGAAGGAGGAAAACAAGAGGGAAACACGAGCCGGUGACGGGUGGGAAGCCGCAUAUACAAUCGCCGCCGUCUACGCAGACAGGGUUUGACAAUCGUACCUCUGAGACCUGCGUGGGGGCCGAAACAAGGAUAGGAAAGGGGACAGCCAGCACACACGAUAACGAACUGAGUGGACGGUUAGCUUCUACUUCCCUGCGAGACGCGGACGUGGACACACAGGCAGAAUACAUCGACCAACGAAUCGAUACGAUAUCCAUCCAAGGCAUCGACAUGGUGAAUAACGAAAUAAACAAGGGAAUCGGCUCAAAUGCUAUAGGCGGCCUAGCUACGAAGGGGAAAUAUGUGCCUCUCGACCUAGGACUGACAGAUAGCGUCUACGGUAUUGUCCAUCUAUAUCGUGAUGCAGAGGCAUCACCUUCCCUGGGUCCGGGUGAUGAUGAUCAAGACCUCUUCUACCUCCAGGGGUCGGCUAUGGCGAAGAAUUUAAGAGUUGCCAACCAGUCGAGUAAGGGUGUGGCAUCCUCUUCUACAUCGGCCCAGCAUGGUGAAGGCCGCGGCGCUGUGCCGUCUUAUAUGUCGCCAUCUGACUUUUUGGGAUACGUGGGUGAGAAGACGAGGGACGAGGUCAGUCAUUUUCGAAUGAUCAGAACGGCCCGCGCGAAUAGGUAUAUGGUCUUGAUGAAGUUUCGGAGUGGUAAGAAGGCGAAGGAGUGGCAGUAUAAUUGGAACGGGAAGGUGUUUAAUAGUAUGGAGCCUGAAGCAUGCCAUGUGGUAUUUGUGAAAGAUGUGGAAGUGCAAGUUGGCUCUUCCGGUACUGAGAAGUUUCCUGACAUGAAGAAUGAUCCGUUUACAUUCUCAGAUGCUCAGUCAGGUCACUUGGCUUCUUCCGCGAUGUCGAUCAAACCUCUUGCACCGCCAACACCAUCAUUAAUAGAGCUGCCUACCUGUCCUGUCUGCCUUGAACGCAUGGACGAAACCUCAGGCCUACUCACAAUCCUCUGUCAGCACAUCUUCCACUGCACCUGUCUACAGAAAUGGAAGGGCAGCGGCUGUCCCGUCUGUCGCUACACUCAAGACGAGCUUGGAAAACGCAACAUUACCUUUCCUAACGAUGGGGAACCCAGCGAAUGUAGCAUCUGCCAUUCAGAUCGCAACCUCUGGGUCUGUCUAAUAUGCGGCAACGUUGGCUGUGGACGCUACGAUGGAGCCCACGCCUUCGACCACUACAAAGAUACAUCCCACUCGUUCGCCAUGGACCUGCUCUCCCAGCGUGUCUGGGACUACGUAGGGGACGGCUACGUGCACCGUAUCAUCCAGGGGAAGUCGGAUGGUAAACUCCUCGAGCUUCCAGGAGCAGAUAACAGUGCCCUUGAUCCCCCAGAUUGGACCGACGCCGUACCUCGGGAGAAAUUCGAAAAUAUCAGCAUCGAAUAUACCCACUUACUAACUAGCCAACUCGAGAGCCAACGAGUCUACUUCGAAGAACAGGUCGAACGUGCAGCUGAUAAGGCAUCCCAAGCCAGUACCGCUGCCAUCUCUGCCCAGGAGGCAGCAGAACGUCUAUCAAAGAACAUGGAAAAACUACAAUCCCAAUAUAACAGUUUGACGCAAGAGACCAUCCCAUCACUCGAACGAGAUAAGAAUCGCGCUGAGCGUCGAGCAGAGAAGUUCGAAUCUAUGUCUCGGACGAUGGAGAAACAGUGGCGUGAGGAAAAGACCAUCAAUACCAGCCUGAUGGAACGUGUAGAGUUCCUCGAUGCCGAGGUGAAUAAAUUAAAGGCUGCGAAUGAAGAGUUGACCGAGCAGAAUCGGGAUCUUACAUUUUUCAUCAGCGGGACUGAACGGCUGAAGAACCAGAGCGAGGAUAUCGUGGAGGGAACAGUCAGCGUUCCGGAUCCACCUACCUCAGGUUCUAAGCGGAAGGGAAAACGCAAGGCGAAAAAAUAA